AUGCUAGGGAAGGUCUGUUCUGGAACCAGCGUGGAUUUUGUAUACAGAUACUCACUUUGUCUCAUAGUGUUGUGCAAGCAAAGUCAAGACAUUGAGGCUCCUCCGCAGAUCCAGCCGCUGCCACAGCCAUCCCUCCCACCUGCUGCCCCUAUCCCUGCUCCACAGGGCACUCCUUCUGUGGAGGAACUCAUCCAGCAGAGUCAGUGGAACCUGCAGCAGCAGGAGCAGCAGCUCCUUGCUAUGAGACAGGAACAAGUCACUUCAGCAGUAGCCCUUGCAAUAGAGCAGCAAAUGCAGAAAGUUUUGGAGGAAACCCAGUUAGAUAUGAAUGAAUUUGACAACUUGUUGCAGCCAAUAAUUGACACGUGCACCAAAGAUGCGAUCUCAGCUGGCAAGAACUGGAUGUUUAGUAAUGCAAAAUCUCCUGCACACUGUGAGCUGAUGGCUGGGCACCUGCGAAAUCGUAUAACAGCUGAAGGAGCUCACUUUGAGCUUCGGUUACAUCUCAUCUACUUAAUCAAUGAUGUACUGCAUCAUUGCCAACGGAAGCAAGCAAGAGAUCUUCUGGCUGCUUUACAGAAGGUGGUUGUACCUAUCUAUUGUACCAGCUUUUUAGCCGUGGAGGAAGACAAGCAACAGAAAAUUGCCAGACUGCUUCAACUGUGGGAGAAAAAUGGGUACUUUGAUGAGUCAAUUAUUCAGCAGCUGCAGAGCCCAGCUCUUGGACUUGGCCAGUACCAGGCAAAUUUGAUCACUGAAUAUGCGACAGUAGUACAGCCUGUGCAGGUUGCCUUCCAACAGCAGAUACAGAACCUGAAAACUCAACACGAAGAGUUUGUAAACAGCUUAACGCAGCAGCAGCAGCAACAAAUACAAAUGCCACCGCUGGAGAACGAGGUGAAAUCAACUCCCCCUCCUCAAGCGCCCACAGCAGCACCAGCCUCAGCUCCACCAUCUGCUCCAGUUACACAAGCAGAUGAUGGUAAAUCUCAGCUGCCUCUAGCUGGUUCUUCAGAGUAUGACACAACAGGGUCUGGGGUGCAGGAUCCUGCUUCUGGUGGACCACGUGGCCCUGGAUCUCAUGAUCAGAUUCCUCCAAAUAAACCCCCGUGGUUUGACCAGCCUCAUCCUGUUGCACCGUGGGGUCAACAACAGGGACCACCUCAUUGUCCUCCAUGGAAUAACAACCAUGAAGGAAUGUGGAACGAACAAAGAGAUCAAGGCUGGAACAACCAGCGAGAGACACCUUGGAACAACCAGCCUGAUCCUUCUUGGAACAACCAGUUUGAAGCACCAUGGAACAACCAGCAUGAACAACCUCCAUGGGGUGGGGGUCAAAGGGAACCUCCAUUUCGAAUGCAGCGGCCACCUCACUUCAGAGGCCCAUUUCCUCCACAUCAGCAACAUCCCCAAUUCAACCAGCCCCCGCAUCCGCAUAAUUUCAACCGCUUUCCACCUCGCUUCAUGCAGGAUGAUUUUCCACCUCGCCAUCCCUUUGAAAGGCCUCCUUAUCCUCAUCGUUUUGAUUACCCCCAGGGGGAUUUUCCUCAAGAAAUUGGACCUCCUCAUCACCACCCUGGGCACAGGUUGCCUCAUCCUGGAAUCAGCGAGCAUCCUCCCUGGGGAGGGCCGCAGCACCCUGAUUUUGGGCCUCCCCCACAUGGAUUUAACGGGCAGCCUCCUCACAUGCGGCGACAAGGCCCCCCUCACAUGAACCACGAUGAUCCCAGUCUGGUGCCAAACGUUCCCUACUUCGAUCUUCCUGCUGGACUGAUGGCUCCGCUUGUAAAACUUGAAGAUCAUGAGUAUAAACCUUUAGAUCCUAAAGAUAUACGUCUUCCACCCCCAAUGCCCCCCAGUGAGAGACUACUGGCUGCGGUUGAGGCAUUUUAUAGUCCACCAUCUCAUGACAGGCCUAGAAACAGUGAAGGCUGGGAGCAGAACGGACUGUAUGAAUUCUUCAGAGCUAAAAUGAGAGCAAGGCGGAGGAAAGGUCAGGAGAAGAGAAAUAGCGGCCCUUCUCGGUCUCGCAGUCGCUCUAAAAGCCGAGGUCGCUCCUCCUCCCGCUCCAAUUCACGAUCUUCAAAAUCAUCUGGCUCCUACUCGAGGUCCCGAUCUCGCUCCUGCUCUCGGUCCCGAUCCUAUUCACGCUCUCAGUCCAGGAGCCGGAGCAGGUCCCGCUCUUCUCACAGCCGCUCGCGAUCACGGUCACGAUCGAGGUCCAAGUCUUACUCCCCGGGCAGGCGGCGCCGCUCUCGGUCUCGUAGCCCCACCCCUCCUUCUUCUGCUGGCUUAGGUUCCAGUUCUGGACCUCCUAUCCCAGAAUCAAGACUUGGAGAAGAAAAUAAAGGCCAUCAGAUGCUUGUGAAAAUGGGAUGGAGUGGAUCUGGUGGAUUGGGAGCCAAGGAACAAGGAAUUCAGGACCCAAUCAAAGGAGGAGAUAUUCGAGACAAAUGGGAUCAGUAUAAAGGAGUGGGAGUUGCAUUAGAUGACCCUUAUGAAAACUACAGAAGAAAUAAAAGUUACUCAUUUAUCGCACGCAUGAAGGCUAGGGAUGAAUUGAAGCGUGAAACGCAAGACCCUCCACCACCUGAAUAAGACUCUCUGAA